CGGGCACGGUCUCGCUGCCUCACCACCAGGCCAAUCAAAGCCACGGCCGGCGGCGGAGGAGCGGAGCUGGUUGCAUUCGCCGCGGUAGGUCGCCGGGGCUCCUCCCAACUUCCAACUCCGAACCCCCCGAAACGAAUUCGGGAGGGAUAGCAAGCGGCCGGAGAGCAGCGCCGCCGUGCCGUGCGUCUUCUUCGUCCCCGGCGGCCGGAGCCGGAGGGCUUGGCGGGACGGGCGCGCCGCGUGUGCUCGGCGCAUGUCUGCUUCUUGAUCUUGGGAGGUCGGAGCGCGGCGGGCGGCCGCGAGGUGCUGAUGCAGACGACCAUGGGGGAGCCGGGGCCGGGGCGGAGGAGGCUGUACCAGGUGUGGAGAGGAAGCAAUAAAUUCCUCUGCGGCGGGCGGCUCAUCUUCGGCCCCGACGCGGGCUCCCUGGUCCUAUCCACCGUCCUCAUCGCGAGCCCUCUCGUCGGGCUGUGCUUCCAGUGCGUCACCAAGCUCAACUCCGGCACCUCGGGCGAGAAGCAGGCUCUCGGCGUGCCUGCCCUCGUCGCCACCAUCCUUCUCGGCCUAGCGGACCUGGCGUUCCUGUUCAUGACGUCGAGCCGGGACCCCGGGAUCGUGCCGAGGAACGCGCGCCCGCCGGAGCGCGGCGCCGGCGACGGCGAGCCCGCCGCCGCCGCCGCCGUCGAGGCGGACGACGACGUCGCCACGCCGUCCGCCGAGUGGGUGCUGAGCGCGGCGAACCCGCACCUCCGGCUGCCGCGCACCAGGGACGUGGCCGUCGCCGGCGGGCACGUCGUCCGGGUCAAGUACUGCGACACGUGCCUGCUCUACCGGCCGCCGCGCGCGUCGCACUGCUCCAUCUGCAACAACUGCGUCCAGAAGUUCGACCACCACUGCCCCUGGGUCGGCCAGUGCAUCGGCCUGCGCAACUACCGGUUCUUCUUCCUCUUCAUCUCGACGUCGACGUUCCUGUGCCUCUACGUCUUCGUGCUGUCCUGGCUGAACAUCGCCGCGCAGCGGGGGAGCCACGGCGGGUCGCUGCUCAGGUCCAUGGCCGGCGAGCCGCUGUCCGUCGUACUAAUCGUCUACACCUUCGUCUCCGCGUGGUUCGUCGGCGGCCUCACCGUGUUCCACAUCUACCUCAUGAGCACCAACCAGACCACGUACGAGAACUUCAGGUACCGGUACGACAAGAAGGAGAACCCGUACGACCGGGGCGUGCUGGCCAACAUCUCCGAGGUGUUCUGCGCCGGGAUGCCGCCGUCGAUGAACCGGUUCCGGGCAUGGGUGGAGCCGCCGGAGCCGCUCGACGGCGGGCCGCUCUCGUCGAGGAACAAGAUCGACCUCGUCGGCCCGGACGAGAAGCUGGUGGACCUGGAAACGGGGCACCGCCACCCCGGCGGCGUCCCGGCGAUCCUGCAGGGGCUGCACUACGCGGAGAUGGAGAAGAACGGUGCCAGCGUGCACAUCAAGCACCGGCAGUCCGCGGAGGCGCCAGACCCGUUCUUCAUCCCGGAGGCGCCGCGGCACGACGACGGCGAAGUUGAGUGAGGUAGUGAUCGGCGAUGACCAGGUGGCAAGAUUCACUGCAAUCUUUGGAAUGGUGAUCUUAGGUAUAUCUGCGUCGACGACCUUUUUGGGCACUGGGAACUUUACAGUCUGAUGAAAUUGGGAUGCAGAGUUUACUUGUCAGGUUUGCAACGACCUGCUGCCGUUGCUUCCCUGGAAUGGCACAAAGAGAGGCACGUCUUGCCGUGGAGGUUGGUUGUCAGGCCAUUUUUUUUACUGCUUCGAAAUGUCAUUGAUUUCGUGUAACUCUAGAAAAUCACCUUUGUUUGUGCGUUGCGGAGUGGUGAAUCAGUAGGAGCAGUUCUGAAGAUUUUUCUUUUUUUCUUGUAAGUGGACGAGCUACUGACACUCUGAAAAAAAAAGUUUUUUUUCUGC